AUGGCAUCAGAAAACAGACCAUUCAAUUUUUCUAACGGUGCUAGCAAAACCUCACAGGCUCAGACAACCAGCCUUGUUAACAGCUUCAGGUUUAGCAUCGAGACACCAAAAUCUGACAUAAAUCCAUCUAGUCAGAGCAGCAAUUCCUUGAAAACCGACUGCAACGGCUUCAAGUUUUGCGGUAACAUGAAAGGCUCAAACUCUGAUGAAAACCAGAAGAGUUAUACCACCAAGAGCCAAAACAAUGAAGAAGAUUUGCAGAAGUCAGAGGAGAACAACCUCUGUGAACUGACAGAUAAGAAACCAUCAAGAAGUCAGAAAUUAGCCGAAGAGAUAGCUUUCCAGAAAGAACAUAAACGGAAACUGUGGGAGGAAAAAGCCAAAUCUCCGACAUGGAAAUACCUCAGUCAAAUUGUGAAGGUAUCUUCACCAGAAACAGAAUCGGCUCUGAAAGAGGGGAAACAAGUGGAGGGUGAAAACUCACAAAUCCGGAGAGAAGUAAAAGAUUUGGAACAGACAAACACUAAGGCUUUUCGUCCGAAAGAGAGAAGCAAAACUGAAAAACAGAAGAUGUUUGAACGAGAAAGGAAGGAAAUGGAGGAAGCAUUUGGAGCCACUGAUCAGGAAAAAAUCACACAGGUAGAAAUUUGGCUAACGAUGAAAAAUCUGAUCAAAGAAAUGUCACAAGAGAAUAAAGCUCUGACGAACAAGAUGAAAAUUUUUGAUGAUGAAAGGAGAGAAAUUCAGGCAAUGAAGGCUGAUUUAGAAAAAGAGAGGAAACACCUAGAGGAUCAAAUUAGCAAAGUGGAGGAGAGAGGAAGAGAGAUUGACCAACAGAAAAUUAAACUCAACAAGAGAAAAUCUCUCUGGAGCAGGAAAGAAAAAGAACAGAGCAUGGAGGCAAAAAAACUGGGAAAGGAGAGAGAGGAAUUGGAGCUGCUGAGAGAUCAGUUGAGGCAAGAGAAAACAUCUAUUCUGCAGAAAAGUAAACAGCUGGAAAAGCAAGUCCAGGAGCAGCAAGGUGGGAAAAUACACCCUGAAGUGGAAAUGAAUGAAGAGGGAAAGAGUAACGGAAAACUUGAGCUUGAGAAAAGAAAAUAUAGGGAGAGACAACAAAUUUGGAGCAGGAGAUUUAAAAUGAUGGAAGGUGAGCUGAAUAAAGCAGAAAAGAAGAAUAAUCAGCUGUUAAAGGAAAACAAUAAACUCUCCGAAGAGAAGAAACAGCUGGAAAAGGAGAGAAAAGACUUGGUGGAGGAAAAGACUGCAGAAACUCAUCUGGAGCAGGAGAAGAAACAGCUUGAAAAGGAGAGAAAAGACUUGGUGAAGUAG